CCCAUCACUAGAUUGGUCGUUGAUUGUAGUUAUAGAUUUGGAAGAGAAAUUUGUCAUGAUGCAGUUUUAAUUCAGAAUUAUAUUCUUAUUUGAUAGUUUGUGUGAAUUUAAAUUUCCAUAUCACUCAGUAAGAUAUUCACUCAGUAUUGUGUGUUUCAUUUUGUAAGUUUAUCUUACAUGAUUGGAUGACAAAAUGGAGAACAUGACAUUUGUGUGGAACUGGACACAGUUCUGUGGUCCUGGAGAUGAUCUGGUUGUUUGGGAUCCACUACGGAACGAUCUGGGCCGCUGUUUUGAGAUAGUCUGUCUCCAGUUUCCCCUACUCACACUUCUGGCCAUCACUUCGGCCUACUUCUGUGGCAGGCAGACAAACUGGGUCGUUCGCUCAUCGUUUGAGACCAACGUACUACGUAUACGCUAUUCUGUCACUCUCCUUCUCUCUAUGGUGCCGGUGGUUAGUAUCUACUACCGGGUGAGUAGUGGGGUGGAACCGCUUGUGCCGGCUCACUACUUUCUUUCGGCAGUGCAAUGUCUGACGUGGCUCACACAUUUCAUCUACGUGCUGUCACUCCGUCACAGACUCGGUCGUAGCCUGCUCGGCCCCUCUCUUGUCUCUCUGCUUUGGUUGAUCAACUUCCUGUUCCUGUGCCUGAGGUACCGAUCCACACUCCGUGACAGUGUCCAGACCCGAGAUGGACCGUCACAGAUACUAUGUGACACCGUCAUGCUUAUACUGCAGUGCAUAUACGGACUUACGCUGCUGCCGAGUGUGAUGACCAGCUCGGACAGUCACACCAGAUAUCAACAACUUGUCAAUGUUCAGACAGAGUCGUCGCCCUUGCUGCACAGCUACAGUGGGUUCCGCGAGGAGGCGGACCCUGGCUACCUGGGGGUGGCACAGGAGGGGUGGGGUUGCCUUCCCCGCCUCUUCUUCUCCUGGGUGGACCCACUCAUGAGGAAGGGUGUCUCAGGCCACCUCAGGAGCUCUGACGACUUGUUCGACCUCCCCAUUCAUCUGACAGCCUCCCAUCUCUCAGGCCAACUAGAGCGGGCUCUAGCACAGACUAAGCUCUUCAGAGCACUACACAGAUGUUUCUGGAAGGAGUUUUAUGGAAUUGGAGUUCUCAAAUUUAUUGCUGAUGUAACUGGAUUCUUCGGCCCUCUUCUUCUGAACAGGAUGGUCACUUUCAUUGAGACAAAAAAUGAGCAAAUACAAGAUGGUUACUUGUAUGCAGCUGGCUUGUGUGCUGUUACUCUAAUCGGUGCUUUCUGCAACAGUCACUUCAGUUUCCUGAUGGCUAAGGUUGGUCUCAAGAUCCGAGCUGCUCUUGUCUGCAUCAUCUACAAGAAGACCCUCACUCUCAGUACCAUCACGCUGUCAGCCUUCAGCACUGGUGAAAUUGUCAACUUCAUGAGCACAGACACAGAUAGAAUCGUCAAUUCCUGUGCCAGUUUUCACACUCUGUGGAGUAUUCCAUUUCAGAUAGCUGUCACUCUGUACCUAUUAUAUCAGCAAGUGGGGAUGGCUUUCUUGGCUGGAGUUGUGUUCUCCGUGAUUCUGAUCCCGAUCAACAAGUGCAUCGCCUCACAGAUUGGAAAACUGAGCACCAAGCUAAUGGCAGAGAAAGACAACCGAGUGAAGAUCACCAUGGGAGUGCUUCAGGGCAUAAAGACUGUCAAGUUGCAUGUUUGGGAAGAUCACUUCAUUAAGAAAAUAUCAGACAUUAGGUCCCGAGAGUUGAGGUACCUAAAGGGACGGAAGUAUCUGGACGCCCUCUGUGUGUACUUCUGGGCAACCACUCCGGUGAUCAUAUCCAUCCUGACAUUCUCCACCUACACUCUCAUGGGCAAUAGGCUCACUGCCGCUACGGUUUUUACCAGCAUAGCUCUUCUCAACAUGCUCAUUUCCCCUCUGAACGCGUUCCCCUGGGUGCUAAAUGGACUUACAGAAGCCUGGGUCUCAAUGAAACGUGUACAGAGACUGCUUGAGAUAGAUGAUCUGGACAUCGGCCAGUACUACAGUCCUCUGCCCAGCGUGGAGCCAGCUGAGGGAGCUGUAGCAGUGAGAGAGGGACACUUCUCCUGGGGACCAGGCCAGUACAGUCUGGACGGCAUCAACUUAAUGGCUCUCAAGGGCCAGUUCAUCGGAGUGUUUGGUGCGGUUGGGUGCGGCAAGUCGUCACUCUUGGCGGCUCUACUGGCUGAGAUGAAUAAAGUUUCUGGCUUUGUAGGUGUUCCCAAUAUCAAACCUGGGUUCGCCUAUGUUUCCCAGACUCCUUGGCUACAAAGAGGCACCGUUAGGGACAACAUUCUCUUCGGAAAGCCUUUUGAUGGGACCAAAUACAAAGCUGUUUUAGAGGCAUGUGCCCUAACGAGAGACAUAGAAGGACUACCAGGGGGAGACUUGACAGGAGUGGGGGAGGGCGGGGCUACGCUGAGUGGUGGUCAGAGAGCUCGAGUCGCUCUAGCUCGUGCAGUCUAUCAGGAUCGCAGUGUGUACCUGUUGGACGAUGUUCUGUCAGCGGUAGACGUACAGGUAGCCAGACACAUCCUGCGUCACUGUAUACACGGGCUGCUGAAGGACAAGACUAGAAUAUUGUGUACACACCAGACCCAGUUCCUGUUGCAGGCUGACACGGUAGUGCACAUGGACCAUGGCACUGUUAUACGACAAGGUCCACCCGGGGAAGUGUUGCCGGACUACGAGGAGAUCCUGACUAGCAGUCAGCUGGAGGAACCUUCACUCCCUCGCCCCAAGUCAGCAGCCCCUCUCAAUGAACGAGUGGAGCAGGACAGUUUGCUGGGUGGGGAGGGGCGGGAGACGGGCAGUGUAGCUUGGAGAGUGUACGGCGUUUACCUGCGGGCAGUCGGUCUUACCCUCACAGCUUUUGUGUUAAUUGCUGUCACAUUAAUGCAGAUAUCCAGGAAUGGCACGGAUUGGUGGAUAGCCUAUUGGGUGACUCACACUGACAAUACUACCUCAAUCUCCACUCUUCUGCACAUUGACGUGGACUUUACUGCAUUUGGUUUGAUAUCAUGGCUGGACCCGUCAACUCGCUUCUACCUCACUGUCUACGUGUUGAUUGCUAUCUGCAAUUCGUUUUUCACCCUGUUUCGAGCUUUCUUGUUUGCGUAUGGUGGUGUGUGCGCUGCAUCCGCUCUUCAUCGACUCUUACUCUUCAAGAUCAUGAGGGCCAAAUUAGUGUUUUUUGACAUCUUACCGUUGGGUCAGAUUCUGAAUCGAUUUUCAUCAGACGUUUACACUGUGGAUGACUCACUUCCGUUUAUUGCCAACAUCUUGCUCGCGCAGUUCUUUGGAGUCAUUGGUACCCUGUCCAUGAUGGUGUACGGACUGCCCCAGUUGUGUUUCAUCCUGGUGCCAUUAAUACCUAUCUACCAUUGGCUGCAGAACCAUUAUCGUCUCACUUCUCGCGAACUCAAGCGGCUCGGCUCCGUCACCCUUUCCCCCCUCUACAGCCAUUUUACUGAAACACUUCAAGGGCUCGUCACCAUAAGGGCCUUCCGGGCUGUUCCCAGGUUCCGGCGUGAGAACAACAUGAAGUUGGAAGCCAAUCAGAAGGCCCAGUUGGCAAGCCAGGCUGCCGCCCAGUGGCUGUCUCUGCGGCUCCAGCUGAUUGGAGUGGCCAUGGUGACGGGUGUUAGUGUAUUGGCAGCACUGCAACACCAAUUCACCAUCGCUGACCCAGGAUUGGUGGGUCUGGCCAUCUCGUAUGCUCUGUCUAUCACUGGCUCACUGGGCGGGCUGGUGAAUGCCUUCGCGGAGACGGAGCGGGAGAUGGUGUCUGUAGAGCGGCUGGACCAGUACUUGCGUGAAGUAACCACAGAGGAUAUCCGUGAGAAGUUGACUCCCCCACCCUUCUGGCUCAGUCAGGGCGUAGUUACGUUCAACAACGUUACACUCAAGUACAGAGAGCACAUCAGUCCGUCUCUGCACUCUGUGACAUUCAGCACUCGGCCAGCUGAGCGUGUGAGCGUGGUUGGCAGAACUGGGGCUGGCAAAAGCAGUCUUUUGGCAGCAUUGUUUCGACUGGUAGAGCUGCACGACGGGGAGAUCUCCAUAGACUCUGUUAAUAUUGCACACAUCGGCCUUAUGCAGCUCAGGUCACGGAUGGCUGUGAUCCCCCAGGAGGCAACACUUUUCAAGGGCACGGUGAGAGAGAAUGUGGAUCCACUGGGUCAGUACACAGAUGGCAGUAUUUGGACUGCUCUGCAUCGCUGUCACUUGGCGGGUGUGGUACGUGACCUAGACGCAAGCCAGAACUUGUCAGCUGGGCAGGCGCAGCUGUUGUGUCUCGUGCGGGCCGUGCUGCACAAUGCUAAAAUCCUUUGCGUUGACGAGGCCACCGCUAACGUAGAUGAGGAGACAGACAAGCUGAUACAGCAAACACUGCGAAGCAACUUUCGUCAGAGCACGGUCAUCAUCAUUGCACACAGAGUCAGAACAAUAUUGGACUGUGACAGGGUGUUAGUUAUGGGCAGUGGGACAGUCCUGGAGUUUGACAGUCCAGACAAACUGCUGCAAGACAAACACUCGCAUUUCUACCAACUACUGCACCAAGACUACGAUUCAUAAUAAGCCAAAAACAUAUUGUGAUUUUAGCUUUAGGUUUUGUAAUAAUGUAAAAGAAAGUUACUGUCCAGAUGUAUAUUGUAUGUCAAACUGUCCAUGUUCUAUCAGUCAUCAGUAAAUUGUAUCAGUAAGAAUGUCCUAAAGUGCCUGAUGAUUGUUUUACUUUAGCAAACCGUAUUUGUAUAAAGAAAGACAUGUACUACAGUACAUUAUGUUUAUAAAUAUUACUUUAGUUGCCAAAAUGUUAUUUAAUUUAUUUGUACAUAUUCAGGUAGUGAGUGCAAUGUUGUUAUUUUUAUGUGGUGACAUUCUUUUCAAUUAACUAUUAUUUACCGCUUUAUCUUGUAGAAUUAUGGGUAAUUAAUAAUUUGAAGUAAACCGAUUUUAUUAUUUAUCAAAUUAUUGUGCCAUUUUUAAGAGAAAAACUAGUGUUUGAUUAAUAGUUUUAUUAAAAAAAUAUAAACUUUGAUAUAUAAGUGAUGUUAUUAGGAGGUUCAGAAAGAUAUUCUUGUUUUUACAUUAAGCCCGUUCUUAAAUAACUUCUUUUAUUGGUGUCUUCUUAUCACAGUUUACUUCUUAUUACUCAACUACAAAGAUCAAUUAAACCUUAAUGCUGAAAUAUUUACUACCAGAUGGGUUCAUGGGUUGGACUGAACUAAUUCAGCAAUAAAAAAACAGGAUCUAGAAAAUUUUUUGUCUUUUUAAAAUAUAAAUUUUGCAUUGAUGAAGCAUUUUUGUUGUAUUUUCUAGUGUAGUGAUACAUUUGAAUAUUGCAUAGCUUUAGUUAGGGUAGGCUUUAGUUUUUUUGUUAAAUUUUAAAAACAAACUCUGAGCCUUCUUUAAUUGACAAAACCUUGUUUUAAGAGUCUUGCCAUGCCAAUUUCCAUGUUAUUGCCAGUUAAAAAAAACUUUCAGCGCAGGUGUAGUGUAGAAUACAAUAUUUUUACCAAUCUAACAACUUUAUUAUACAGUAGCAUUUCUGUAAAACUGUAUCGUCAAUGAAUUGUAAACGGUCUUACAUAAAUACCAAGAUAGUGGAUUGUUUGAUUUUAAAGAUCAACAAUUAUGGUAUUUUAUUUAGAUAAAAAUGCUUCUAAUUUUCAUUAGAAUCCUUGAGUAACUAAUACUUUUUUAUUACUAUUCCUUAAUAUUAGAUAAACAGAAUAAUUUAACUCAACAAUUUAGGUCUAAAAAUGUAACAUGAACAAGAACGGUAAAACAAUCGGUUAAAUAUAUAAACGAUUGUUAUUUAUACUUUUGACACCUUGAACUGCAGUUGUAUUGCUUCAGAAAAAAGUUGUUUGAAAGUAAUAAUUUAUUGUUUUCCAAGAUUAUUUAUUGUAUUGUAGACUUUGUUAAGUGAUUGGUAAUUUAUAUAUAAUGGAGUAAAUGAGCAUGGACGGGUACAUUCACCAGAAUUUAAUUCAUACUGUGAUUGAUCAUAUUAGAUUUCAGUUGUAAUAAAAGUGAUGUAGUGUAAAUGCUUCAAAAUAUUACAUUAUUGAUGUAAAUACAUUUGUAUUAUUUUUUGUUACUAACUUAUAAUUUGGCUGAUUAAGUGAGUGUUGAAAUGUUGAAUAAAGUAACGUUAACGUAUUGUCAACUAAUGUUGAUCUUUUAAAGGGAAAAACAGUUAAAUGUUAAUAAAAAUUUACAUUUUGGUUUCCUGGAUGUUUUUUCUGCAGGAAAAUAUGCAUUGCAUAUAAAAUAUACAUAACAUGUGAAAAUGACACAUUUGAGCUCUAAAAUGGUGGCCAGAAAAAAAAUUUAUGUACAGACCGUAGCACCGUGCUUGGAGCGUAGGGAGGGAAGCGAGCGAGAGACUCAGACUUCUCCCCCUACAUUUCCCCUCCCGUGCCGUCGCGGUAAGACGUAUGUACAGUCCACUCUGUUCUUUGCCCGUUCCAAACUCCUUAUAGUCAACUUACGCAUGAAUUCUGACAACUGCGAUAAUUUAAUAUAAUUUGACACAUACUGUUGUUUACUCCACAUACUAUUAGAUACGGGGUUUUACAGCCAUAAUUCUAGAAAUAGUUUCAAUUACAUAAAAGGGUUUUUUUAGCCUACCGGUUUUCAUUAGCAAACCCUUGUAAUGAUUUAAAGUUUUAACCAUGUAUUUUACAGCACAUUCUUACUAAUUAAAUGUGAUAUUUAAAAACAAUAAAACAUCAAACAAAAACUUAUAAAAGUGUAAAUUAAGCGUUUUACUUAAUCGCUUACAUUUACAGUUAUUUAUGUGAUACAAUAAUAAAAUCAUACCAUGUAAUUUAAUCGCCCAGCUCUUCGAUUCCGGACAGAUUUCCAUCUGCGGCAUUGCUGUCCUCAGAUUCCAGGAAGUCGUCUUCUUCACUUGAAUCCUCACCAAGAUUGAUAACGAAAGAUUCGAUAACAUUUUCAAUUGGUCCUUGAUUCCCUAUAAAUUCUAAUUCCUUUUGCCUCUUGGCCGGGCGAAGAGGGGGAUAGGCUUCUCUGCGCAUGUGUCAGCCGCACGCCAUUCACCAAGCGGCUAUCUAUACCCGCAGUUUUUUCAGGUGAUGUUGUACCUGAAUAAUUUGUACUUGUUAUGAUUUCAUUAGUUAAGGUGUAGUUAAUAGUUUAUUUUAUACCAUUUAAUAUUUUAUCUUAAUCUAUUUGAAUGUUAUUGUACUUGUUACGGUGGAACCAAAUAUAAGCAAUAUGCAAUAAAAAUAUUUUCUGAAAAAUUA